AUGAUUAUUCCAAAUUCAAGCAACACGUCUGACAAAGAGUCAGAAAAUGAUGAUCAGUCUUUUGCGUGUCAGCUUGAUACGUCGAGAUAUCAAGAAAUAGCUGACUUUCCUGAAGUUGCAGACAAAAAGAACACUAAAAUGCAAGAUGAGGACGCGUCCGAAAGUUAUACCGGUUACCAGAAUUGUGAAAAUAUGGAAAUCGACUCUGAAUCUGAACAUAGGACUAAUAGCAGUACUACAUUGUCCGAUGUCGAAAAAGUUAGCAUUACUAUAUUGUCCGAUGACGAAAAUGUUGAAAAAGUUGACAUUAAAGAAUUUGCGGACAAAAAGAACAUCACAAUGCAAGCAGAUAGGGACGCGUCUGGAAAUCCUACCAGUCACCAAAAUUACGAAUCAAAAAUAGAAUAUAUGGAAAUAGACCCUGAUUCUGAAUCUGAUCACGAACCUGAGCAAGCGCCAGAUCUCUGUGAAGUCAUUUUCGGACUUUAUCGUUUAUUAGACUUAUGCAAAGAUGAAGGAUCGAAUGGUCUUGUGGAUAAAAUUAUAAUUUCGCAACAACACGUGAAACGUCUUUGCAAUGGACUGGUGCCGAGGAGUUUUAAAUCCAUUUCCAAAAUCGACUAUAAAAAAUUGAAUUCUAAAAAUAUUCGUCUCGUCGGAUGCUAUGGUCGUAAUGAAAUGAUUGCUAAAUUUUUAUUAAAUAAGGCUAUUAUUGAUCAAGCAAAGUACGAAUUGUUGAUAGCAUCGGCAAGUUCAAAUAAUACUUACGGAACGAAUACGACUUUACGACCUGGCAUAUAUCUUCUUAAAUUACCCUCAGUUAAAGCUAAUACGAGCCCUUUCGAGAACCAAUUCUUGGUAAUACAUUGGAGCGAAGAUGGUUGUUAUGAAGAUUUGGCUUCCUCGCAUCGUAAAAAGAAUCUUUCCAAUAUGCAUAGAUAUCUUACGAAACUCACUGAACAUCAAAUAUGCAUAAUGAGUGAAACUGACUUGGAUAGUAUUGACUGGCAAGCAUCCGGAACUGAUGAUGAGGAUCACUCGGAAGAAGAAGACGAUUACAUGCAUGAUGCAAAUGACAUAUGUUAUGACUUUGAAGUGAAAAAGAGUCAGGAGCAAAAAGAAAAUUUUGAACUUUAUUCUGGAUUUGAGGUUCAUAUUCCAAAACUCAGAAUACGCGAAAAUAGUUUGGCUAACGGAGGCAUUCCUUUACACCCUUUGAUCGUUGAAUCAGUUUCAAAUCAAACACUCCUUACUCGUGAGAUCCUUCCUGCGACAAAAAAUACUGAGAAAAGCUAUAUAAAGUUUAACAGUAUCCAAAAGCUUCAGAAUUAUUUUAAAGAUAAACUUGAAACUCAAAAAUGUGCACUUAUCUUAAGUC